AAAAGGGAUCUACUAUUUCCCGAAACAUUGCCUCGAGCUAAAUCGACACCUGCAGCUGUUAAAUGGAGGCCGAAUUGACCAUGGCCACGGAAGAAACACGCCAAGUGGCACCGAACUUGGCCAAGAUUCGGGAGUCCUUAGCUCUCGCUGAGACUUUGGCCAGAGCUUCGCUCAUGACAUCGCCGGCUGCCAAGAGGCGGCUGGCUGCGAGGAGCAUCGAGAUGGGAGAGUAUGGAUCAUCGGGAGAAUACGUGCCGCCUAAGGCGCUGCUCCUCUACUUAGUCAGGAUGGGGAGUUUCACGUCGUCGCCCAAAAUUCUAAACGAGGAUGCCCAGGACUCGGACGUUAAUCUACCGGCUAGAAUGUCUCGGUCGGAAAUGCUCGAUCGGUGUCGUUGCGAAGGCGUUCAGCCGCUUCUGAGACGUCAUUUUAAAGGCUUGAUCAAAGAUGUCGACGUCAAUACUGCCGACGAUUUUAAAAUGCUACAAAUCAACGCUGUUCCAAAAACUUGCGUGCAGCCGUUAAAGAGCCCAAACAAGAUACGAGUAUUCCAGUGGAACGUACUGUCGCAAUCGCUGGGAACAACGAACGACAGUUUCGUCUGUUGUCCGGAGGACGCGCUCGAAUGGGGAAACAGGCGGUAUCAGAUCGUCCAGGAGAUCCUGGAGUACGCACCGGACGUGAUCUGCCUCCAGGAGGUGGACCACUUCAACUUCCUAAAGACCUGCCUGGAGACCCAAGGAUACACGGGCACCUUCUUCCCGAAGCCGGAUUCACCCUGCCUCUACCUCGACGGCAACAACGGGCCGGAUGGAUGCGCGCUUUUCUACAGACGCGACAAGUUCGACUUCGUCAAGUCCGACACCAGGGUGCUGGAGGUCUGGCGUGUCCAGAGCAACCAGGUCGCCGUAGUCGCCGUUCUCAGGGUUCGAGAAACUGGCAGGGAGUUUUUGGUCGCCGGUACUCAUCUCAAGGCCAGGAAAGGCGCCCUCUUAUCGACCCUCAGGAACGAACAGGGCAAGGACCUCCUUAAUUUCGUCAGUUCCAGCGCGGAAGGAAGGCCCGUUCUUCUCUGUGGCGACUUCAACGCUGAACCGACGGAACCGAUAUACAGAACAGUCUUGGGAUAUCCGGAACUUAACUUAGCAAGCGCUUAUGCAGAUUUUUCAACCGACAAGGACAUCCCUUCGAUGGACAGAGAGCCACCCUACACGACGUGGAAGGUCCGUGACGAGGGCGAAGUCUGUCACACCAUCGAUUACGUGUUUUACAACAAAAACGCCUUCGCGGUGAAUGCUGUUCUCCAGUUUCCAACCGCUGAAGAUAUCGGCGAGGGUCGCGUGCCGUCCUACCAAUAUCCCAGCGACCAUUUCUCGCUUUGCUGUGACUUCCGGUUUCAGGAUCAAGAGAUAACCGACCAGACGCAUAUAGAGGAGCUCAAAGGCAUUAGUAGCUUAUAAAAAAUACUGUAGUGUUAUUCGCACACCGAUCGUCUAGCUAUUAUUAGCGGUUUAUAGGUACCGCAGUUAUUUGCGGCGUGUAUGUGUAUAGUAAUGAUGUUCAUGUUUGUAAUUACGAAAUUCCAUGAAUUGUUUAAUUAAUUGAUCAAGAGGUAAUCGUUGCGAUUACGACUUUCAAUCAAUACGGACGAUUAAAUCUCCGUUUUUUACUCUCGUAUCGUAAUUCCGAUUUACAUUAGACGUUAAGGAAAUCUGCGAUUAGAACGUGAAUCGCGAUACGUCGAGAGGUGACAUAGCCUAGGUGUAUUUUUAAUUAGAAAACGUGCCUUUUUUAUUACCGCUACUAUAUGUUCAACCAAUGAAUAUAAGCAAAUGCUGGAUCUUAGACGUUGAUCUCUUACUCGUGUAGUAGUGACUGGAGAAAUUUAAACAUGAAGAGAAUUGGUUGUUUCGUGCCUGCUACAGUGACAGAGAAGAGUGCGAGGCUACCGCACUGACUUGGUUCAUGACGCAAACGCAAUGUUAAAAUUUUCCGGUUUCCUUCCUAAGUGAAAAAGAAUAAAACACACAAAAACACAGACACAUGUCUCUGUCAAUCGUUUGGUAGUUUCUCUUCCUUUAAAUUACUUGUGUAUAUAUUUAUACUAUAGAAUUUAGUUAGUAACGUGAUAGUUCCAUGCAAACCGUGUAUAAAAUUGAAUUUAUAUAUACGACGAAAGUAGGAGAGAUAAAAAAAUUUCUGAUUAUUGUAUUAUUAUAAUAUUCAUCAAUAUUGACACUGGUUCGUGAUCAAGAAUAUCCUGAAGUUGUAUUGGAUAGUUUACUAAAACAUGUCCCCACCACUUUGGUUCUUUUUUUUCUUUUGUACAUUUUUAUUGAAAUCACACAAAAAAUUAAAUUUUACUAUGAGCCCCCUAGCUCAUUGAGAUACGUUUAACUUUAUCAUUUUACAAAUAGCACGAAUACAGAAUGAAUUGAAGAGGAUUAAAAAAUGAUGAAGCGAUAUGAAUACAGCUGAAAAUGCUACGAUAAUGAAUAGCAAUCGACAAAUUAUUGCUAAGUACGUAAUUUAUAUGAAUAUUUCAUUUCAUUUCACUAAUUACAAUCAUUUAGAUUGAGGUUCUAUAUGUAGUACAAAAAUACAGUCGCAGCCUCACGUAUCACGCUUGUGUGAAACUAUAUUACAUCAUAUAUAUUAUGUUAUUUUAAUGAAUUUUUUCUUCGUUCGCUUUAUUCUACUAUUGUUAUUCGAUAAUGUUGCAAUAAGUUAAGUACCAUUUGUAGAACAACGAUGAAUGAAUUGAUGUCGACGUAUCAUCGUGAUGGGUGUUAACGAUGAUAUUGAAUAACUGAUUCCAGUAAUUGUUACGGCUUGUACAAUGGUCCGAAAGAAUUGUGAUUUAGACGUUAAUUGAAAAGAUGAUAAUGAUAUAUCAUGUAUUGGUACAUCUUGUAUAUGUAUAUUAAAUGAUAUUUUUAUUAAAAUGAUAAUCUGUU